AAAACCUCGACUUCCCCAUUCAGCAACUCACCAUCUCAGCUUUUUACAGGCUUCGAGACUUGCUUCCAUUGCUCUCUUCUUCAGCAUUUGUUUGUUUUCUUUCCAUUUUGUUUUUUCAAAAUAAAAUAUAUUUAAAUAAUUAUUAUUUAUAUUUUUUUUUAUCAGAUCUAGACCGUUUUACAAGAAACGAACACGCCAACUCACCACCUAACCAGAAAUAUUUGAAUUUCUGCAAAAGCAAUUACAUUUCAUUACAACCUCAACAACAACAACAACAACAAAAGCUGAAGCAAAAAAAGUAUAUAAAAAAAAAAAUUGUUUCUGAACAAUUAGGUUUAAGAACAAUAACCAGAACACAGCUUUGCUUUAUAAUUUUCACUCUCUCUUUCUCCUUUCUCUCUGUUUAAGGUUUGUUAUUUGUUGUCUUUAACAACCUUAACCAAAUCCUUUUACACUGGUUUUUAGCAAAUGAAGCUUGUUUUUGUUUUUUGUUUUCGCGUUACAGCGAAAACAGAAACAACAACAACGAAAACAAUAACAUCUCCUGCAUUUUUCUUUUCUUUCUGUUAACGAACUCUUAAAUUUUUUAGCCGUUAGGAUUCUGUAAUUCUUAUCCAGAUUAGGUUUUGUUGGACGAAAGCUGGCGUGUUGAGUUUUUCGUUAUGAAAUUCUAAUUUAUUGCGGAAUUUGUGUUAUCUGAAAGGUUUUAGAGCUUCCCUCUUUGUAUCGCUGUCUUGAGACAUUUGUAAUUGGAGGGAUAAACUGCAAUCAAAAUGAUGUUGUCAGCAUCACCAGCAUCCCUGACUAGGAGCUCAUUGGAGGAGAUGCUGGACUCGCUGCGGCGGCGAGAUGAGGCAGCAGAGAAGUCCAAAGAGCUGCCGCCUGCUUUGCCAGCUCGGCCCACCUCGAGGGCGCGGCUUCCCUCUGCACGACAUUCACUGCCCACAAACUUCCAGGUUAGUGCGAAUGGCGAAAUGGAAAGCAAAGUGGAAAAUGAAAUCGAUCAAGGGAAGGAGGAUGCAAAAAGGAAGGAGAAGGAAUUGGGGUACAAGAUAGGAAGUUUUGGAAGCAAGAAGAUGAGGCAAGAUCAGAAUUGUUGUGUGGAUUCAAAUCCUUACGCUGAAGAGCAAAAUGAGCCAGUGAAACAGCCAAUUGUUAGUUCAAGGCCGAAGGCAGCACAGCCAGAAUGGGAAGACAACAUAGGUUAUUUUAUCAAGAAGAAACUACGCAUUUGGUGUCAGCUCUCAAGUGGGCGAUGGAGUGCAGGGAUUAUACAAUCAACUUCAGGGGAUGAAGCUGUUGUUUCACUUGCAGAUGGAAAUUUGCUAAAUGUGUCCACAUCAGAGCUCUUGCCUGCAAAUCCAGAUAUCCUUGAGGGUGCAGAUGAUCUUAUAAAGCUUAGUUAUCUGAACGAGCCAACAGUGCUUUACAAUCUUAAGCACCGAUAUUCCCAGGAUUUGAUUUAUAGUAAAGCAGGGCCAGUUUUGAUUGCCAUAAAUCCCUUCAAAGCUGCCCCGCUUUAUGGAGAUGAAAUUGUCAAAGCUUACAGGCAGAAGCUUAUGGACAGCCCUCAUGUUUAUGCCUUAGCAGACACCGCUUACAAUGAGAUGAUGAGAGAUGAAAAAAAUCAAUCCAUAAUCAUAAGUGGUGAAAGUGGAGCUGGGAAAACUGAGACUGCAAAAUAUACGAUGCAAUACUUGGCUACUCUUGGUGGUGGCACUGGUGGCAUAGAGUCUGAAAUUCUUCAGAUGAACAAUGUCCUUGAAGCAUUUGGGAAUGCAAAAACAUCUAGGAAUGACAACUCGAGUCGAUUUGGAAGGCUAAUUGAAAUUCAUUUUAGCACAUUAGGGAAGAUAUGCGGUGCUAAAAUUCAAACUUUUUUGCUAGAAAAGUCAAGAGUAGUUCAGCUGGCCAAGGGUGAAAGAUCCUACCACGUCUUUUAUCAACUUUGUGCCGGUGCUCCUUCAGUUCUUAGAGAAAAAUUGAACCUUAAAAUUGCUGGUGACUACAACUAUCUUAACCAGAGCGAGUGCUUGAUAAUUGAUGGUGUCAAUGAUGCCCAAAAAUUUCAUAACCUUAUGGAAGCCUUGGACAUUGUUCAAAUUUGCAAAGCUGAUCAGGAGCAGAUAUUUGCAAUGCUUGCUGCAAUAUUAUGGCUUGGAAACAUAUCAUUUCAAGUAAUUGACAGCGAAAAUCAUGUGGAUGUGUUGUUUGAUGAAGCUAUAACAAAUGCAGCCAAGCUGAUGGGUUGUAGUGUCCUGGACUUGACACUUGCUUUAUCAACCCAUAAAAUUCGAUGUGGAAAGGAUCAUAUUGAUAAAAAAUUGACACUCCAGCAGGCAAUUGAUAGACGAGAUGCAUUGGCAAAGUUUAUCUAUGCAAGCUUGUUUGAUUGGCUUGUGGAUCAAAUCAACAAGUCACUUGAAGCAGGGAAACUGUUUACUGGAAGAUCCAUAAAUAUCCUUGAUAUUUACGGGUUUGAAUCAUUUAAGAUUAAUAGCUUUGAACAAUUUUGCAUAAAUUAUGCAAAUGAGAGGCUGCAGCAACAUUUCAACAGGCAUCUAUUUAAACUUGAGCAGGAGGAGUAUGACGAGGAUGGGAUUGAUUGGACUAAAGUUGAUUUUAUUGACAACCAAGAAUGCUUGAAUCUCUUUGAGAAGAAACCUUUAGGGCUGUUAUCUUUGUUAGACGAAGAAUCAAAUUUCCCCAUUGCAACUGAUUUGACCCUUGCCAAUAAGCUUAAGCAGCAUCUGAACAGCAAUCCUUUCUUUAAAGCUGAAAGAGGGAGAGCUUUUGCUAUUCAUCAUUAUGCUGGAGAGGUUGCAUAUGAUACAAAUGGCUUUCUGGAAAAGAACCGAGAUCCUCUGCAUUCUGAUUUCUACCAACUCCUAUCAUCAUGUGAUUGCCAACUGCUACAGUUGUUUGCUUCAAAACUUCCAUCAUCCCAGUCUGGUGGAUCAGAAUCCUCAACCCAAAGUGUUGGUUCUAAGUUCAAGGGUCAACUCUUCAAACUAAUGCACCAGCUAGAGAACACCACACCUCACUUCAUUCGCUGCAUAAAACCAAAUGCUAAGCAGCUUCCUCAAGUCUGUGAAGAUGAUCUUGUUUUGCGACAACUCCGAUGUUGUGGAGUUUUGGAGGUCGUUAGAAUUUCGAGAUCUGGAUAUCCUACUAGAAUGUCCCAUCAAGACUUUGCCCAAAGGUACGGGUUCCUACUUUCAGAGAAAAAUGUAUCUCGGGAUCCAUUAAGCAUAUCAGUUGCUGUUCUACAGCAUUUUAAUAUACUUCCUGAAAUGUAUCAAGUUGGUUAUACCAAAGUGUUUCUCCGUACUGGCCAGAUUGCUAGACUGGAGGUGCAGAGAAAGCAAGUUCUGCAAGGCAUACUUGGGGUCCAAAAACAUUUCCGUGGCUUCCUAGCUCGUCGUGAUUUGAAUGAAUUAAAAACAGGAGUGACAAUAUUACAAUCAUUUGUCCGCGGUGAAAAUGCCAGGAGGAGAUAUAGCUCUAUGGUAACAAGGUGCACAGUUAGUGCUCCUGACACACUUGAUCAGCAGCUGGUGGCAACUAUAUGUUUACAGGCUGCAAUACGUGGGUGGUUGGCUCGGAAGCAAUUCAGUGACAAGUGGAAAUUGAAGAGCUUAAAUCAAGAUAAUACAAAUUCCAAAAGAAAGCCUGGAAAAAAGAUUUCAGAAGUGAAGGUCAUACCACAAGAGCAGGUUGAGAUUCAGGCUUCAAUCUUGGUAGAACUUCAAAGGAAGGUUGCUAAGGCAGAAGAAAUUAUAGAGCAAAAGGAAGAGGAAAAUGCUGCACUGCGGGAACAAUUACAACAGUAUGAGAGAAAAUGGUCAGAAUAUGAGACAAAGAUGAAAACAAUGGAAGAAACGUGGCAAAUGCAGAUGGAAUCAUUACAAGGGAGUCUUGCUGCUGCCAGAAAGAGUCUCACUACUGAUAAUGCUGCUCCUCAGCAUGCAAAAGCUGAUUCUUUUCCAUCACCUUAUUAUUAUGAUUGUGAGGACAACCCAUCCACAGAUGUUCGGACACCUAGUGCAAGCACGCCCAGCAAAAAUCCUACUACUGAUGCAAGAGCAGAGAAAGAGACUAAUGACCCUAUAAAUGCUGUCACCAUGCUUACAAAGGAAUUUGAGCAGCGGAAACAAAACUUUGAUAAUGAUGCCAAAGCACUGGCUGAGGUUAAAGCCUCAGGGAAAUCAGCUUCUGUUGAUGAUGAACUCAGAAAAUUGAAAGCAAGGUUUGAGUCAUGGAAAAAAGACUAUAAGGUAAGAUUACGAGAUGUUAAGGCAAGGUUUAGCAAACUUGGGCAUGGAGAAUUUGAAAGAAGAACUAGAAAAUGGUGGGGGAAGCUAGGAGGAAAAGGCCGCACUCAUUUUUUAUAAUCAUUUCCCACUUGGGGUGAAGAAAUGGACAGAAAGGUGGAGGGAGCUCAAGGAAUGCAUGAGAAAUAAUUUCACUUUUCCACCAUUUCCCUAACUGUGAAGUGCUUGCUUUGCUUUUUACAGCACCAAGUGGUCUUUCAAUGUUGUGAAGGUAGCUUAGUUGGAAAUAUAUUAAUAUUUAUGUAUCCGCCAAAUCUGGAUUGGCGGAAGGAUUGAUCAUCAUAUGUAUAGUUGAAUAGGUUUCCUGCUGAGUCAUUGCUGCUCCAUCUUCCUCUCUUUUCUCGCAAACUAGGCUAGGUUAUUUGUAUAUAUAUUAUAUAUAUUCUGCUAUUAUAGAUGUAAUGAGGCAAACUUUGAUUUUACCGAGUAUGAAGAUAUGAGAUGAAAUUGUCCAUA